AUGGCUGCCCAAAAGACAUGCAAGAGCUCAGAUCGCGGCUACAUGAAGCGGAACCAGAGCAAGAGAGACAGAUAUGGCUGUCUGAACGACCCAGAAGUCCUCCAGGCCUUGGAUGAGCUCGGCCUUGGAAACCUUCAUAUCCACAGUCUUGGUCGUCCCCUCAAAGCUACGGGAAGCGUCCUCCCACAUGACCAUCAAAGACGACCUCUCGAGCUUCCCAACCCCCGAUAUAACCUCCCAGCGCUUGUCCGAGCUUUUGAGGAAGAUGAUGCUGCUAACGAUGUCCGGUACACCGUCGCUGUACUGCAGGCCGAUUCCAGGGCCGAGAUGGCUGCUAGGGCCGAGAUGGCAGCCUUCAUGCAAGCUUGGCUUGACCCCAACCGCGCCCCAGCCUCGUUCAGCAUUGUACCGGAUGAAAUCUUGUUCAACAUGGUCAAUCAUCUCAUCAAAAGCUCGGCUGGUGAUGAGACACCCGGAACCGCAACUCUGCCAGCCAACCUCCAUGAUCCGCUGAGACGCCACGCACAGCGCCGCGGCCAGGACUGA